CGUGGGCCACCGUCUGGAGCUGUUGGUGUUGCUUCUUGGAGUUGAACAAGGAUUCGAUGCCGCUGAUUGUGUUUCGAAAUCCCUUUCGCGCGCGUAAAUCACAUUAAGCGGAGAAGCAGGAACCAACGAAAGCAACGGAAGCAGCAUGAGAAGCAAAAGAAACAGUGUUUGAUGGCGAAUGUCAUGGUUUGAUCGUGAGCACCGUGAGUUGUGAGCACCAAUGUAUGUGGAUUGGACGAAAUUGGCUGCCAGCGAGCAACAGCGAGGGAUUAAUCAAAGCGAGCAACAAUGAGCUCCACGGAAUUGGGAGAAUUUGUAAUAAAUGUCACCGAAGGGCCACCCCUCGAUGGCAGUACGAUCGGUGUUACCGGCAAUAUGACGACGGCGACGGCCACAGCACAGCUGCUCUACUGUGGCAAGGCAUUGGAUGACUUCCACACCAGUUAUGCCAAGGUGCACGGGAUGGUGUGUCUGUUGGUGUGCAUCUUCGGCAGCAUCGCCAACACGCUCAAUAUCGUGGUAUUGACACGGCGUGAGAUGCGCUCACCGACCAACGCGAUCCUGACUGGACUGGCCAUCGCCGAUCUGCUCGUCAUGCUCGACUACAUGCCAUAUGCGGUUAACUCGGUGCCGUACCUGCGUCUGUCUCGUGAGCAACGCCUCACUUACGGCUGGGCGUGGUACAUCAUGUUCCAUUCGAUCUUCGCACAGAUCUGCCACACGAUCUCGAUCUGGUUGACGGUCACGCUGGCCAUCUGGCGCUACAUUGCCGUCGCUUAUCCACAACGGAACCGUCAGUGGUGUGACAUGUCCAAGACAUUGGCCGCCAUCUUCAGCUCGUACGUCGUCUGUCCGUUCCUCGCGAUACCGAUCUACCUCUCCUUCAGCAUCCAAUCAAACGUAGAACUGCUCGGUAGCGAUGGCAAUCUGCUGUUGCGCGACACCAACGAUACUGGCCGCAACGUUACCCUGUUCCGCCUUGGCACGUCACAGCUCGUACGCGACAAUCCGACUCUUCUGAACGUCAACUUCUGGAUCUACAGUGUCGUGUUCAAGCUGAUACCCUGCAUUGCACUCACCAUUCUCAGUCUACGCCUGAUUGGCGCACUGCUGGAGGCGAAACAGAGACGUAGCCAACUGACAGGGACGGCCACCGGCAUGAAACAGAUCGUGGAUGGUCGCGUAGUCGAUGCGGCCAAAGGCAGCAAACAGAGCGACAAAGAGAAGCAAACCGAUCGCACGACGCGCAUGCUGCUCGCUGUACUGCUCCUCUUCCUCAUCACCGAGUUCCCCCAGGGCAUCCUUGGUCUGCUCAGCGCCGUUCUCGACAAGUCCUUCUUUUUCAAUUGUUACCUCAAGCUGGGCGAUGUGAUGGACGUCCUAGCGCUAGUCAAUUCAGCGAUCAACUUCAUCCUCUACUGCUCGAUGAGCCGCCAGUUCCGCAGCACCUUCAGCGAUCUCUUCCGUCCCCGCAUCCUGGACCGCUGGAUGGCGGUGCCCCAGGCCGAAGACGGCGAGGGUGGCGAGGGUGGCCGGGGCCGCCAUCAGGACGGUGCGACCACACAAAUCACGCAAAUAUAGCCCUCACCGGGGCGUCCUAAUAAUCAUUGCUACAGCUGUCUGCGGCAGUUUGCGACCGCACUGGCGGCCAUUGUAAUCGGCAAUCGGCAAACUUCGACCCAAGACGACUGUGCGAUGCUCUAGCGACGCCCCGAAAACUAUUACCUUCCCCCGUUUCAUCACCAUCUUGACUAAGGGGAUCGCGGACGCCGGAAGUGUCGAAUCGAUUAUCGUCGCCGCACAGUUUGUCGUGUUCGUCUUCUAUAACUAUUAGCUAUUAAUAUGAGCAAGCAGGCAGACAGGCAUACGCACGAACUCACGCACACACGAGGCAUCAACGAAAAACAUCACUUGAUCUAACCAUCGAAACGAUUGGUU